AUGCACUCUAGACCAUUUUGGAUUGUAGAGUUUGGCAGAGAUUUCUCAGCUUAUUGCAAAGCUCGAAUAGUGUUGUGGGUGUUACGUAGAAGAUAUGGACGAAGAAGAGUGGGAAGAAGAGGUAAGAGCCGUUAAGUAUGUCUAGCAAACUCGCAUAUACGUCAAACUUGAAAGAAAACAAACGAGCUUGCAGGUCAUAAUCUUCAGCAUCUUCUAGUAUUUGAUCAGAAGCAUGUAACCCCUGUUUUGCUAAGAUUUCCGUAUAUAAACCCCAUGCAUUUAUAAUGCAUACGUGUUUCGACUCUACUUGUUUUAAACUAUUUGUGCGAAAAAGUAUGAAAUUGCUGCAUGCAUAAUAAAUGUUGGAGUUAUACGGAAAUCUUCCCAGUCGUACAAUGCAAGUGAACCUUACUCUAAAAACAAAGGGGGAAUUUCUUACAUCCCAUGAUGCAUCACUUCUACAACAUCAUCAAGCUUCUGAACUCCAUAUUAUCCUGUCAUUUCAACAGGGAUGCGACAGUUGAAAAACAGGGAAAAGUGAUGUGUUUUGCCAAUAAAACCUUUUGUACCUUUGCUGUGUCGAUCUAGUGGCGAUUUUCAUUUUAUUACUCCAAAUAUAUCUUUUGUUAAGUUGUAGGGAAUGCUUUGGUGACCUGUGACCAGAGGUUUCUCUCUUGCAUGGCUUUUAACAUCUACAAAGUAGUUCGCAUUACUUGUUAUUCACAUAGUUUUGUUUUUUUUUUUGCCUGGGGAGAAAGUCCUGUGGCGAGCUGCUGGUGGUUUCCGUUGAGCAUGCGCAGAUCGUUCAUUCAUUAUUAUAGAGAUAAUGACACAAAUUUCAUCCCAUGAGAGAAAUCACAAUGCUGUAGCUUCACGGGAGAAAGUCUCCUGGGGACUCUGUUUUGCACAACAAAUCAGUUUGUUUGACUGUUUAAAAUCAGUUAUAAAACCUGUUAAUCAUGUGUCUAUCUCCAAGAUUUUGGAGGUGUCUCAAAAGCUUGCUCAUCGGAAACUACAUGUACAUGUGGCUCUCUGCAGAAGUUUUUCUCAUGGCAUAAAUAAACCAACUAGCAAAUGACAAGUGAUGCAAGCGAGGUCAUACUGCUAAAGGCGAUGCAAGAGAGAAACCUCUGCUUGCACGGUAGCAUUUUGGCCCCCUAUGUCAACCCUUCAAGUUAAAGUUUUUGCUUGGCGACCAAUUCUUUUGGUUUAGGGAGGCUUUUUUACAAAUCAAGUCACCAGCUUCAAAAUUCUAGGCGCCAUGGAAACUAAAAUGGUCGCAACUUAGAGGGUUGUAUGGUCAAUUCUGUGAAGCUAACGAUGAAGCUCUUUGCUCCCGUACAUCUUGUUUUGCCAUGUGUUUAAAAGACUUUCCAAGGGUUAACAUAAUAUGAUUUCCACUUUUUGUAAAACAGGAGCAUCUUAUUGUCAUUGAACUGAAAGGAGUCAUAGACAGUGACUUCUUAUACAAGUGCAAGUCUGAAAGUUGCCGACUUUUGGUGAGUUUUGCUAAUCAGUACUUUUCUUACCUUUUUGAUAGUAUGUUGAGAAAACAAUUAAAAUUGAAAUAAAUGUGUCUUAUUAUGGUCCUUAAACUCAUUGAUAAGUGAUUUGCAUGGGGAAAAGUUGGUGGGACUCAGUGUGCAGAAGGCAUUAUUUCAAUGAUGGUAAUGCAUCAGUCAAUUAUUUUAGCUGCACCUAUGCCCCUGCUCCCUCCCCUCCCCCAGACAUUGGUUCUUUUGUCCUGGAUGGCAAAUUCCUGGGGGAGGGGAUAGUUGAAUUGUCACAUACCCUAUGGCAUGCCCAAAUGUUAUGCAAUUGGUAUUAAAAAACCCCAGUUGGCCACUCUACCUACAUGUUUACAGUAGGGUGCAACUGCUGGCCCACAAGCCUCAUCUCGAGGUUGGUGUUGCCUAAAAGAGCUUCCAAUAUCAGUGACUUUAUUGCUCAGUUGGUCAGAGCAUUGCACCUGUAUCACAAGGUCACGGGUUCAAAUCCUGUUGAAGUCCUCAGGGUGCAAAGAAAGUCAGUUUUACAGCCUGCAAUUAGGCAAGCUGUAGAUAGCAUGUACUAGCCCACAAGUCAUUUCAACUAGCCCCAAAACCCUUUUUGAUUGGCAGGAUUGAUAACAAUCCUUCCGUAAUUUGAAUUUCCCCGAAAAACAGCACUUGCCUGUCAGGCAAGUUAAGAACAAAAAACACUAGCCCGAUAGCAAAAUCCACUAGCCCCGGCUAUCGGACAUGACUUUCUUUCAUGCUGGUCCUGAAUAUUUUUUUCAGGCUGUUAAUGCAAUUGUUGUAAAUAUUUGCAAUCACAAAUGCAAAGAUCACUCUUCAUUUGAGUUGUUUGUUUGUUUAGGUUUUUUUUUUCAAACUCGCCUUUUCAAGGUGUGAAGUGCUGGUGUAGGGUCAGAGUCUUACAUGUACAUGUGCAAAGUGCAUGAGCCUCACAUGCUUGUAGGGAAAAAACCUCCAGACUUUUCGUUGACUGUUUGUGCAUUCUUGACUAGGCAUUAUUGAAUAUGGAUUGUUUGGCAGUCUAAUUGGUUAUGUAAAUCUAUACAUGUACACUGUAAUGGUUUUGUUGCAUUACAGGGUAUUGACACAGAUGAACCUGUGCUGCAGAUUGGAAAUUAUACAUUUACUGGGGAGCUCAAAGGUGAAGAUGUUAUAUUUUUGGGCCUCACGCUAAGCUUGCAACUUAAAAUGGCAUUUGCACUAGCGGAAUGUGUUGAUGUAAUAUACAUACAUUGUUUAUAUCAAGCAUCAGAUACUGUUUCAUCUGCUGAUGAAACACUGUGUCAAAUCCUUGAUAUUACUUCUCAAACAAAAUGAUUUUAGAAGGAGAAAUUAAGGAUGCAGAAAUAAGCAGUUUUUCAUCUGAUUUCCAAACACUCAUUAAUCGUUAAUUUCCUUUCACAAACUUUUUGUAUUUUCUUUAUGAAUUAUUAAUGAGUUUGAAAAGUUAGUUAAAAAGUGCUUAUUGUGUUUUUAAAAAUAUUAAAAUAAUAUAAUUUUUAAAAACAUUUUGGAUUUUAUUAAUCAAGUUAUCAGUAUAGAUUAUUUGCUAUCCUAUUUUGCAUAUCUGUUUUCAGAGCCUAUUGGUACACAUGUUCUAUUUGAGGAACUGGGUAAUCUAAAUACAUUUGUUGUUUGUACUAUUUAUUAUAGUUAACCAGUUUUGCAAACAGGUGGAAUGAGUACAUAUUUUGUACUAGACUCAAGUUGGGUCUGAGGGCAUGCCUCGACAACUGAUAAAUCCGAGAACAGGUUUUUCCCUGUAUUGAGCAUUUGCUGUAAUAUUAUCAUCUGGGAGAGGGAAAGCGCUUCCUUUGCUGCUUGUAGAAUCCCUGGUUACUAGUGUUAUUCAUUUCAUCCUUGCUUAAAUCCUGCUAAUUGACUCAAAGAUUCUUCAGGCAAAUUGUCAUUUUUUUUUUCCUAUCAGUGAUCAAUUGCCAUCAAGUCACUUAUCUGAUAGACUUACAUGGUGGUCACUUAUCUGCCUUAUCUGAUUCUUCUUUUAUUUGUACAAUGCCAUUAGCGGUAAAAGGAAAAAAGGGUAAUAUUAUGUUUAAAUUAUAAAGUACUUUACCAAUGAAAUUAGGGCUAUCCCAAAUCAAAACUGUUGCUAAAAUAUGGUGACUGUCUUUUGACCACACAGCACACAAGCACCAUUUUUUUUUUUCUUUUAAUGUGUUGUUUUUAAUUGUUUGCUUGUUUGCUUGUUUGUUUUCAGAAUCAAGUGACUCACAGGAAACAAUGAAAUUGAAGUACAGAUACAACACCACAAAAACACUGGAAAUGGCCAGAGUGUUUCUGGUGAAAAAAGACAAUGCUGAAAAGGAGGAAGAAGAGGUUGGAGAAAAAAGAUAAUUUUCUUCAACAAGAUCUUUAAAGCAUGAUAUGCUAACAGAACAUCUAAUUUGACUUGGUGGUUUCACACUUCUUCUCCACCACAUUUUAGUUGAUUGACAAUCAAUUCGUGCCCGAAAAAUGGCAAUUCCCUAUUACUAAAUUAAGAUAUUAACUUCUGCAUGCAUGUUGCACUAACUUUAUCUUUGAACUUGUCUUUUUUUUGGGGAGGGCAAAUGGGAUUUAGGGGGGUGGUUGUGGCCUGACAGAAGGCAGAGUUGAUAAACUUUUCCAAUCAGUUUGAUUUCUUAACCUCUUUUACCAACAUGUUGCACUUAUCUUUGAACAUCUCUAAUGUAAUUUAAAAUAAAUUAAAAAUAAUUAUUAAUUAUUUUAUUUUGGGGCAGUGGGAUUGGUAGGUAGGUGUGGCCUGACAUAAGGGCAGAGGUGAUAGCAUUUUCAAAUCAGUUUUAUUUCUUAACCUCUUAAACCAACAUUGUAUGGAAAUGAAAGGAACAAAGCAACAUAUGCCUAUAGCCAUCAGUUCCACUGGACAAAUGUGUUGGCUAUUUGUGUAUGUUAUAGUAAGCCCACCGUUAAGCUUAUACACAACAUCAUAGGGUAAUUGAAUAUAACAUGUGUUGUUUUUAUUAAUAAUUUAUCUGUAUUUUGUAGGUUGCUGGAUCUUCAAGGGAGACACUUGAGGAACAGGAAGAUCCCAGUAUGGAUAUAGGAUAG